AUGGAGGCGCGACAACGGGGGGGGUCCAAAUUCCUGGAGAUCGACGUCUUUGGCAACGUUUAUGUUCGACCUGUGAAUGAGUUGGUCGAGUUCCUUCAUGUAAAAGACAAUGAUGGAGAAGAGCCAGUUGGUUCUUCAGGAGUUCGCCUCCCAACUUCCUCCCGAUACUCUGCUCGAGUCUAUGGAUCCUCUACAAGAUGCGGGGUUUCAGAUCCUGAUGGAGACCUUGGAUUAGACUCUCGGGAUGAGGUCAUGGACAUAUUGUCGAGGGAUGGGGAAUGCUCAGCGGCGGGAACCUAG